GGAAAAAAAGCCAAAGAUCAGUCAGAGAGAGGAAGAGAUAAAGAGAGGGAGCUCUCUGCUGAGAGAACACUGCUGUGUGGUUUAUCUAGGCUGCGACGGGCACAAGAUGAGACGAACACGAGACGGGCACACAUUUAUGGUCUGGAACGGAAACAAGCGUGACACGAGGGGAGAAACAAAAUCUUGAAGCACACGUGCACUUUGCUUUCAGUCUGAGAUUCUUGUUCGGAGAACUGCUUUUGGAGUGAAGAGGGUGAAGUGUUUCACCGCGGAAUGUUAUUAAUACCACGAACAGUACAAGCAUACUUUGCAUUCAAAUUUAUUUUCUAACAUGCCUGGAUUCAAAACAGAUACCCUUUGCUGUUCACUGUUCAUGACAUGGAGAACUUUCUGAAGGCUCUGAACGAGUUCGUCUGCUAAGGAUGCAUUGUGGGACUUUUACACUCCGUGCCAUCGCCAUGGCAUGUCAAGUGGCUGUUUCAAUGGUGCUCCUGUGCCAACUGGUGGUUGCCGGGUUCUCGCUGGAGAUCGGAGGUUACGAGGGUGAUUGGGGCAGACCAGCAAAGUGCCAGCUGAUCACCAUUCCUAUGUGCCAAGGAAUUGGCUACAACAUGACACGGAUGCCCAACAUCAUGAAAUAUCAUAGUCAAGAGGAGGCAAGUAUAAAACUCAGCGAAUUUGCUCCUCUAGUGGAAUAUGGCUGUGAUGUACAUCUCCGCUUCUUUUUGUGUUCUCUGUACGUGCCGAUGUGUACAGACAAAGUGUCCAACACUAUCCCGGCAUGCCGACCUAUGUGCGAGCAGGCGAGACAGAAGUGCUCUCCUAUUAUGGAGAAAUUCAAUUUCAAGUGGCCGGAUUCAUUGGACUGUUCGAAGUUGCCAACCAAUAACGACCCGAAUUCCCUGUGCAUUGAGGCUCCAGAGAAUGAUACGGUGCCUGAGACUAGGAAAGGGGAGGGAAUGCUGCCUGUGCCCGCCAGACCCAAGCAGGCCAGCAGCAGCCCUGGACAAUCAUCUGGGUCUUGUGAAAACCAGGGGAAGUUCCAAUAUGUGGAGAGGAGCAAGUCGUGUGCGCCGCGAUGCACCCCAACUGUUGACGUGUUCUGGUCGAGGCAAGACAAGGACUUUGCUUUCAUCUGGAUGGUUGUAUGGUCUACACUUUGCUUUAUCUCAACUGCCUUCACGGUCCUCACCUUCCUCCUGGACCCACAGCGCUUCCAGUACCCCGAGAGGCCUAUUAUCUUCCUCUCUAUGUGCUACAACAUCUACUCUGUGGCAUUCAUUAUCCGCUCUGUGGCAGGAGCCGAGAACAUUGCCUGCAACAGGGAAAACGGACAACUUUACAUCAUACAAGAGGGCUUAGAGAGCACAGGGUGUACCAUAGUCUUCCUCAUUCUGUAUUACUUUGGCAUGGCUAGCUCCAUCUGGUGGGUCAUUCUCACACUCACCUGGUUCCUUGCAGCCGGCCGGAAAUGGGGACAUGAAGCGAUUGAGGCACAUAGCAGCUAUUUCCACAUGAUCGCCUGGGGCAUCCCGGCUUUGAAAACCAUAAUCAUCCUCACCAUGUGCAAAGUGGCAGGUGACGAGUUGACCGGACUGUGCUACGUCGGCAGCAUGGACACCAGCGCUUUAACCGGGUUUGUCCUGAUCCCCCUCUCAUGCUACCUAAUCAUUGGCACCUCGUUCCUCCUGACUGGAUUUGUCGCUCUUUUCCACAUCCGUAAGAUCAUGAAAACCGAGGGUACCAACACCGAAAAGCUGGAAAAGCUCAUGUUUAAGAUUGGGAUCUUCUCUGUACUUUACACUGUCCCAGCCACUUGCGUGAUUAUCUGCUACUUUUACGAGAGACUCAACAUGGACUACUGGAAGUCUCGCUCCCUGGAGAGCAAGUGCGUCUCGUUUCCCGGACGAAGGAUCGAGGACUGUUCCCUGGAGUCUUCAGUGCCCACUGUAGCCGUGUUCAUGCUGAAGAUAUUCAUGUCUUUAGUGGUAGGCAUUACCAGCGGGGUCUGGGUGUGGAGCUCAAAGACUCUCCAGACUUGGCAAGCCUUGUGCACCAGGAGGUUGUCGAUGAGGACGACGCACAAGCCGUGUCCUAGCAUCAACUGCAGCUCCCACUGCCAUUACAAAGCCACUUCAUUCCAUGCAAACAAAACUGACUCAUGCACAGACAGUCCUACAAGGGUUUGACAAAACUUUUUGGCACUUUGAACAAUUACAGACAAUUUUAAAAGCCUGCACUCGGCAACGAAAGCAUUCUAAAGCUUCAGCCGGCAAGUUUUUUUUUGGUGCAAACUGAGAUGUAAAUACAGACAUGUUCAAGGCAGAAAUGUUUAUUUAUUACCGCUAUUUAAGUUGUCAGCUUGCCACUAAAUGCACUAUACUGUACAUAUAAUUGCAGGUGCUCUAAAUAAUAGAGUGUAAGGAUGAAUUGUAUGUAUAGAAAAAUAUUUUUGGGAUAAAAGAACAAUAAAAAUCAUAUAUAUAUUUUGCCAAUGACUUCAUUUAAUUACACUAUCCGAUCCUUGUUUUAAAAAAAAAACGUUGCGGGAGUAUUUGUAAACAUUUUCCAAAUUAUGCUGGUUUUCCAGGAACAGAUUGGAAGCGAGCUCUA